UUGUCACAUCACAGCAACGCUGAGUUUUGUUAAUUAUCGUGUUGCGAGUAAUAUUGUAAAAUAAACAUAAUCAGUGCGUUACAUCAGUGCAAAUUACGUACAAAUAAGUGUUUACGCCGUCUUAACAAAAAUCAAAAUGUCAAAAUAUAAGGGCGAACCGGAAUUCGCAAUUGCUGAGUCUUAUGAUUUGGCCGCUCUUCGACGCAAACGCGCUGCCGUUAAAGGUGUUAUCACCAAAAUGCAUAACGCCCUGCGUGAUCCAAGCGCCUCUGAGUUAGACAAACACGCUUUGUGCGUCAGAGAAGAACGUCUGCGAUCUUCAUUUUCUAAGUGGGAGGACUUACACCUCGACAUUAUAGCGAUGGAUCCUGAUGACCCCGAGGACGACGUUGAAAAGAAGCGAGCAUUAACGCUCGAGAAUAUGGAACGAGAUAAGGUACUGUUGGCUCCGAAGGCUGUCCACGUAGCUACUGUGAAGAAGGUACAGCCUGCCAGCGCUGAGAAGAAGAGCUGCAUACUUUGUAAGUCUAACCACAAACUAUUUUCUUGUUCUCAAUUUAAAUUAAUGUCAAUAAGUGAGCGAAUUAAGUUUGUUACAGCUAAUAAUCUAUGCCAAAUAUGUUUGAAUAAACACAAUAAGCCAUGCAGGUAUAAGUUUAAAUGUCAGGUCUGUAAAAAUGAUCAUAACUCUCUUCUCCAUGUGGAAGAGGCCUCAUCACCAGUCACAUUGGUGGCUGGAUCUGCUACUGAACAAGUUGUGUUGCCUACAGCACAGGUAAAACUUUUAGCGAGCAACGGAACUGAGGUUUAUGUCAAGGCUCUCCUUGAUACAGGUUCACAGGUAUCCUUUGUGACCAAAGAGCUAGCAGAUUUAUUAAAAUUACAGAUUCAGACUGCCAGUACUCCUGUUACAGGCAUAGGUCAAACUUUUAACAAUUUAAAGCAAAGAGUAAAUUUAGAAUUACACUCACUGACACAGGACUAUAGCAUUUCUGUUGUGUGCUACUUACUUGAAAAAAUCACUUCAAAAUUGCCGCAGAAGACUUUCAACAUUAAUAAAUUAGUUUUGCCUCCCAAUAUAGUAUUGGCUGACAAGACAUUUAAUCAAUCCAGCAACAUACAUAUAUUAUUAGGUGCCGUCAUUGUGUUUAAGGUGUUGCUGCCUCCUGAGCCUCGAGUUAGCCGGUACACCUGUGGGGCAUGGGGACAUCACAGCUUCACCUCCAUUACUCAAUACAAAGUUUGGUCAUGUAGUCGCAGGUAGCAUUAUAUCGAAAUAUUUCUUUAUUUUUUAUGUCAUUUUUUGAAUAGGGUUUUUUUUUGUUGGUGUUCUUGUUUGUCAGUGGAAGUAAAGACCGUAUUUUGCAAUCUUCCGUAUUUUAUUUAUUCCUGCCGCUAAUUAGGGGCAUCUUUGGGAACAGGGAGAGCUGCAGGUCUACCGGGCAAACGAAUCCAUUACAUAAGUGGCGACCGUGACUUAUAAAAAAAUGGAUCGCCUUCUUGCGAACAGAAAAAUAACAAGGAGGAGGUUCACAUUGGUAAAAAACAAAAUUCUAAAUUUUUUGCAAUCUGAUGAUUCUGAUAGAGCAAUUCCGGAGUUCAAUAAAUUAAAAGAAUUAUUCGCAGAGUUGUCUGGGUUACAGAAUAAAAUUAUGUCCAUCUGGCUUGACGAGCCAGAGCGCGAUGAAAUUUUUUUCGAAUACGAAAUGGAGUCGGACGACGCGUACUCAAGUGAGUUCUAUCAGAUCAAGUAUAAAAUUGAACAAUUAUGCAAGAAAAAUGAGUUUG